AUGGAGUCGGCCAUUCAGACGAUAGUGGGUGUCUUCCUGAAGUCAGCCAAGGGGAAGGAGAGUUUGGGAGGGAAUGACUUCCAGAAGCUAGUGAAGAGCCAGCUCCACAACAUCAUGAUGGUCAGUCAGACAGCAGCCUCCACACGCACCAUGGCUGAUGUCACUCAAAUGAAGUUAUAAACCAGCUAUUAACACUACAACUUUUGGAACUCUUUGACUGAGCUAUAGUUGUUAAGAUUAAGAUCACUUUAUUUGUCAAUUGUACGUCUGCUUUAUCCUAACCCCUCCGGAAUACACACAUACAGUGGGGUCCGAAAUUAUUGUCACCCUUGAUAAAGAUGAGCAAUGAUGACUGUAUAAAAUAAAUAAUUCAAAUGCUGAGCUGUAUUGUAUGCUCUAAGAAAUGGGGAAUUAAAUCAUUUUAUACUAAUUCAAUUGCUCAGAGAAAGAGAUUUUGUUUAACAAGUAAUAAAAUGUUUUCUCAAAAAGGUAGGGAUCAAAAUGAUUGACCUCUAAAGAUUCUUAUAAAUAAAGUAGUCAAAUGUUUAGUAUUUGGUCCCAUAUUCCAAUGACUACAUCAAGCUUGUGACUCUUCUUGCAACCAAUAAAAUGUUAUAUAUAUGAGCAAUACAACCAUCCCAGCUCUGCAGAUUUUGCUGCGAAGACACAUAAUCAUUAGAUCAUUUGUUUUGGUACUGUCCAUAUGCAGUAUGUUUUUGGUCACAGGUCCAGAAAUGGCUGAAGCAUUGCAACAUUUACCUGGAGCUAACUCUGCAAAUAGCACUGCUGGGUGAUUUAAUAAGUCAUAGUCAAUUGAUCAAUAAUAUAAUAAUACUCUUAGCAAAAAUGUUUAUCUUUAAUUUACAAUAUGUACAACCUAUGAGAAUAGAAAGGUUCAGAACUGUUGUGAAACAUCAUAGCACAGUUGAAAAAUAUAUGGCAAAUAAAAAUAAAAACUGGAUGGUGUUCAGAGAUAGAUGGGAGGGGUUGAGUGGAGCUGAAGGAUGGGACUAAAAACAAACAAAGAUAACUAUUGUAAAAUAUACUGUGUCCAUAAAAUGUAUGUAGUAUGUAUAAGCUAGAAGUAGAAGCCUAAGUGUUGUUGUCGAUUAGUUUACUCCAAUUAGGGGAGGGGUGGUAGGGUUAGGGGAACAUAAUAAAGGAAUACAUACCCACAUUUUUUAAAACUAAAAAUAUAUAUAUAUAUACACUGCUCAAAAAAAUAAAGUGAACACUUAAACAACACAUCCUAGAUCUGAAUGAAUGAAAUAAUCUUAUUAAAUACUUUUUUCUUUACAUAGUUGAAUGUGCUGACAACAAAAUCACACACAAAUUAUCAAUGGAAAUCAAAUUCAUCAACCCAUGGAGGUCUGGAUUUGGAGUCACCCUCAAAAUUUAAGUGGAAAACCACACUACAGGCUGAUCCAACUUUGAUGUAAUGUCCUUAAAACAAGUCAAAAUGAGGCUCAGUAGAGUGUGUGGCCUCCACAUGCCUGUAUGACCUCCCUACAACGCCUGGGCAUGCUCCUGAUGAGGUGACGGAUGGUCUCCUGAGGGAUCUCCUCCCAGACCUGGACUAAAGCAUCCGCCAACUCCUGGACAGUCUGUGGUGCAACGUGGCGUUGGUGGAUGGAGCGAGACAUGAUGUCCCAGAUGUGCUCAAUUGGAUUCAGGUCUGGGGAACGGGCGGGCCAGUCCAUAGCAUCAAUGCCUUCCUCUUGCAGGAACUGCUGACACACUCCAGCCACAUGAGGUCUAGCAUUGUCUUGCAUUAGGAGGAACCCAGGGCCAACCGCACCAGCAUAUGGUCUCACAAGGGGUCUGAGGAUCUCAUCUCGGUACCUAAUGGCAGUCAGACUACCUCUGGCGAGCACAUGGAGGACUGUGCGGCCCCCCAAAGAAAUGCCACCCCACACCAUGACUGACCCACCGCCAAACCGGUCAUGCUGGAGGAUGUUGCAGGCAGCAGAACGUUCUCCACGGCGUCUCCAGACUCUGUCACGUCUGUCACAUGUGCUCAAUGUGAACCUGCUUUCACCUGUGAAGAGCACAGGGCGCCAGUGGCGAAUUUGCCAAUCUUGGUGUUCUCUGGCAAAUGCCAAACGUCCUGCACGGUGUUGGGCUCUAAGCACAACCCCCACCUGUGGACGUCGGGCCCUCAUACCACCCUCAUGGAGUCUGUUUCUGACUGUUUGAGCAGACACAUGCACAUUUGUGGCCUGCUGGAGGUCAUUUUGCAGGGCUCUGGCAGUGCUCCUUGCACAAAGGCGGAGGUAGCGGUCCUGCUGCUGGGUUGUUGCCCUCCUAUGGCCUCCUCCACGUCUCCUGAUGUACUGGCCUGUCUCCUGGUAGCGCCUCCAUGCUCUGGACACUACGCUGACAGACACAGCAAACCUUCUUGCCACAGCUCGCAUUGAUGUGCCAUCCUGGAUGAGCUGCACUACCUGAGCCACUUGUGUGGGUUGUAGACUCUGUCUCAUGCUACCACUAGAGUGAAAGCACCGCCAGCAUUCAAAAGUGACCAAAACAUCAGCCAGGAAGCAUAGGAACUGAGAAGUGGUCUGUGGUCACCACCUGCAGAACCACUUCUUUAUUGGGGGUGUCUUGCUAAUUGCCUAUAAUUUCCACCUGUUGUCUAUUCCAUUUGCACAACAGCAUGUGAAAUGUAUUGUCAAUCAGUGUUGCUUCCUAAGUGGACAGUUUGAUUUCACAGAAGUGUGAUUGACUUGGAGUUACAUUGUGUUUUUAAGUGUUCCCUUUAUUUUUUGAGCAGUGUAUAUAUAUAUAUAUAUAUAUAUAUAUAUAUAUAUAUAUAUAUAUAUACAGUGGGGAGAACAAGUAUUUGAUACACUGCCGAUUUUGCAGGUUUUCCUACUUACAAAGCAUGUAGAGGUCUGUAAUUUUUAUCAUAGGUACACUUCAACUGUGAGAGACAAAAAUCCAGAAAAUCAUAUUGUAUGAAUUUUAAAUAAUUAAUUUGCAUUUUAUUGCAUGACAUAAGUAUUUGAUCACCUACCAACCAGUAAGAAUUCCGGCUCUCACAGACCUGUUCGUUUUUCUUUAAGAAGCCCUCCUGUUCUCCACUCAUUACCUGUAUUAACUGCACCUGUUUGAACUCGUUACCUGUAUAAAAGACACCUGUCCACACACUCAAUCAAACAGACUCCAACCUCUCCACAAUGGCCAAGACCAGAGAGCUGUGUAAGGACAUCAGGGAUAAAAUUGUAGAACUGCACAAGGCUGGGAUGGGCUACAGGACAAUAGGCAAGCAGCUUGGUGAGAAGGCAACAACUGUUGGCGCAAUUAUUAUAAAAUGGAAGAAGUUCAAGAUGAUGGUCAAUCGCCCUCGGUCUGGGGCUCCAUGCAAGAUCUCACCUCGUGGGGCAUCAAUGAUCAUGAGGAAGGUGAGGGAUCAGCCCAGAGCUACAUGACAGGACCUGGUCAAUGACCUGAAGAGAGCUGGGACCACAGUUUCAAAGAAAACCAUUAGUAACACACUACGCCGUCAUGGAUUAAAAUCCUGCAGCGCACGCAAGGUCCCCCUGCUCAAGCCAGCGCAUGUCCAGGCCCGUCUGAAGUUUGCCAAUGACCAUCUGGAAGAUCCAGAAGAGGAAUGGGAGAAGGUCAUGUGGUCUGAUGAGACAAAAAUAGAGCUUUUUGGUCUAAACUCCACUCGCCUUGUUUGGAGGAAGAAGAUGAGUACAACCCCAAGAACACCAUCCCAACCGUGAAGCAUGGAGGUGGAAACAUCAUUCUUUGGGGAUGCUUUUCUGCAAAGGGGACAGGACGACUGCACCAUAUUGAGGGGAGGAUGGAUGGGGCCAUGUAUCGCGAGAUCUUGGCCAACAACCUCCUUCCCUCAGUAAGAGCAUUGAAGAUGGAUCGUGGCUGGGUCUUCCAGCAUGACAACGACCCGAACCACACAGCCAGGGCAACUAAGGAGUGGCUCCGUAAGAAGCAUCUCAAGGUCCUGGAGUGGCCUAGCCAAUCUCCAGACCUGAACCCAAUAGAACAUCUUUGGAGGGAGCUGGAAGUCCUUAUUGCCCCGAAACCUGAAGGAUCUGGAGAAGGUCUGUAUGGAGGAGUGGGCCAAAAUCCCUGCUGCGGUGUGUGCAAACCUGGUCAAGACCUACAGGAAACGUAUGAUCUCUGUAAUUGCAAACAAAGGUUUCUGUACCAAAUAUUAUGUUCUGCUUUUCUGAUGUAUCAAAUACUUAUGUCAUGCAAUAAAAUGCAAAUUAAUUACUUACAAAUCAUACAAUGUGAUUUUCUGGAUUUUUGUUUUAGAUUCCGUCUCUCACAGUUGAAGUGUACCUAUGAUAAAAAUUACAGACCUCUACAUGCUUUGUAAGUAGGAAAACCUGCAAAAUCAGCAGUGUAUCAAAUACUUGUUCUCCCCACUGUAUAUAUACACUACCAAUCAAAAGUUUGGACACACCUACUCAUUCAAGGGUUUUUCUUUAUUUUUUCUAUUUUUUACAUUGUAGAAUAAUAGUGAAGACACCAAAACUAAGAAAUAACACGUGGAAUCAUGUAAACAAAUUCUUCAAAUAGCCAUCCUUUGCCUUGAUGACAGCUUUGCACACUCUUGGCAUUCUCACAACCAGCUUCACCUGGAAUGCUUUUCCAACAGUCUUGAAGGAGUUCCCACAUAUGCUGAGCACUUGUUGGCUGCUUUUCCUUCACUCUGCAGUCUGACUCAUCCCAAACCAUCUCAAUUGGGUAAGCUGGGAGUUUUUGAGUUGUUCAGUCAGUUUCAUCUUGCUAGCAAUAGCAUACAUUCUUCGUUUAACAAUGUUAUCUGACAAAGGUAUUGAUGUGAGAUUCUGUGCCUCUGCCUCCCCACACAUUGUUUUCACCAUAUCAGUUGCGGCUGGUAAUAUCAAAGUCUCAGCAAUAGUGUGUGGUUUCAUAGCGUAGCUGGCCCAGCCAUUCACCAUGGGAAUGAUUUAAGUGCAACGGUCAAGUGCAGCCUUUCCCCAUGAUUGAAGGGCGCUCUCUGGUUUAAUUUUAUAUUUUAUAUUUGAAUAAUUUUCAUUUCGAUUUUUCAAGUUAACCACAAUACAACAUAUUUUGAGAUACAAAGACAAUAUUAUACUGAACAAAAAUAUAAACGCAACAUGUAAGGUGUUGGUCCCAUGUUUCAUGAGUUUAAAUAAAAGAUCCCCGAAAUGUUCCAUACGCACAAAAAGCUUAUUUCUCUAAAAAGUUGUGCACAAAUUUGUUUACAACCCUGUUAGAGAGAAUAUCUCCUUUGUCAAGAUAAUCCAUCCACUUGACAGGUGUUGCAUAUCAAGAAGCUGAUUAACCUCUUAAGGAUCGGACAAUUUUUUUCAAUUUUCGCCUAAAAUGACAUACCCAAAUCUAACUGCAUGCAGCUCAGGACCUGAAGCAAGGAUAUUCUUGAUACCAUUUGAAAGGAAACACUUUGAAGUUUGUGGAAAUGUGAAAUUAAUGUAGGAGAAUAUAACACAUUAGAUCUGGUAAAAGAUAAUACAAACAAAAUUUUUAUUUUUUUUUUUUUUUUUCCAUCAUCUUUGAAAUGGAAGAGAAAGGCCACAAUAUAAUAUUGCAGUGUGUGUGCAAAGUUUCAGAUUGAUCCAGUGAAGCAUUGCAAUAGUGGACUAUUUUUUAUCAAGUCUGCCCAAAUGUGCCGAAUUGGGCAAUUGAUACAUGUUAAAGUACAUAACUAUAGAGAACAUACAAAAAUGAUAUGGUAAUACAAAAUGUAAGUUUACACACUCCCAGGAAUGAUUAGCUUAUACACUAACUUUCACACAUCUAGAUGGCCGGGCGGGGUGGUGUGGAGCCAGAGACAGCAGGGGUUCAAACUGUAGAACCCAGUUCCCACAUUUAAAUAUAAAAAUUGAUUUUAUCAAACAAACUAUGCUACAUUUUAUCUCUGGGACCUUUAGGAUGACAAAUCAGAGCAAGAUUACUGAAUGUAAGUACAUUAUUUACCUUCAGAGGUGAAUGUAUCAAGCCAUUUGCCGUGAAACAUUUUUUGUUGUUGUGCACUCUCCUCAAACAAUUGCAUGGUCUUUUUUCACUGUAAUAGCUACUGUAAAUUGGAAAGCGCAGUUAGAUUAACAAGAAGUUAAGCUUUCUGCCCAUACAAGACAAGUAUAUGUCCUGGAAAGUUUGCUGUUACUUACAACGGUCAUGCUAAUCACAUUAGCGCAUGUUAGCUCAACUGUCCUAUAUUCGGGACACCGAUCCCGUAGAGGUUAAACAGCAUGAUCAUUACACAGGUGCACCUUGUGCUGGGGACAAUAAAAGUUAGUUUUGUCACACAACACAAUGCCACAGAUGUCUCAUGUUUUGAGGGAGUGUGAAACCAGAGGAUUUUUUUUUUUUUUUUUUUUUUUUUUUUGUCAUUUAGCAGACGCUCUUAUCCAGAGCGACUUACAGGAGAUGACUGCAGGAAUGUCCACCAGAGCUGUUGCCAGAUAAUUACAUUUUAAUUUCUCUACCAUAAACCAUAAAGUUGUUUUAGAGAUUUUGGCAGUACAUCCAACCGGCCUCACAACAGCAGACCACGUAUAACCACGCCAGCCCAGGACCUCCACAUCCGGCUACUUCACCUGCGGGAUCAUCUGAGACCAGCCACCCGGACAGUUGAUGAAACUGAGGAGUAUUUCUGUCUGUAAUAAAGCCCUUUUGUUGGGAAAAAACUCAUUUUGAUUGGCUGGGCCUGGCUCCCCUGUGGGUGGGCCUGGCUCCCAAGAGGAUGGGCCUAUGCCCUCCUAGGCCCACCCAUAGCUGCGUCCCUGCCCAAUCAUGUGAAAUCCAUAGAUUAGGGCCUAAUGAAUUUAUUUCAAUUGACUGAUUUCCUUAUAUGAACUGUAACUCAGUAAAAUCGUAGAAAUUGUUGCAUGUUGCAUUUAUAUAUUUUUUCAGUAUAUAAUAUAUAUACAGUACCAGUCAAAAGUUUGGACACACCUACUCAUUCAAGGGUUUUUCUUAAUUUUUUAUAUUGUAGAAUAAUAGUGAAGACAUCAAAACUAUGAAAUAACCCAAAAACCAGCUUCACCUGGAAUGCUUUUCCAACAGUCUUGAAGGAGUUCCCACAUAUGGUGAGCACUUGUUGGCUGCUUUUCCUUCACUCUGCCGUCCGACUCAUCCCAAAACAUCUCAAUUGGGUUGAGGUCGGAGGAUUGUGGAGGCCAGGUCAUCUGAUGCAGCACUCCAUCACUCUCCUUCUUGGUCAAAUAGCCCUUACACAGCCUGGAGGUGUGUUGGGUCAUUGUCCUGUUGAAAAACAAACGAUAGUCCCACUAAGCUCAAACCAGAUGGGGUGGCGUAUCGCUGCAGAAUGCUGUGGUAGCCAUGCUGGUUAAGUGUGCAGCAAAGCACCCCCACACCAUAACACCUCCUCCUCCAUGCUUUACGGUGGGAACUACACAUGCGGAGAUCAUCCAUUCACCCACACCGCGUCUCACAAAGACACAGCGGUUGGAACCAAAAUUAUUCAAUUUGGACUCCAGACCAAAGGACACAUUUCCACCGGUCUAAUGUCCAUUGCUCGUGUUUCUUGGCCCAAGCAGGUCUCUUCUUCUUAAUUGGUGUCCUUUAGUAGUGGUUUCUUUGCAGCAAUUCGACCAUGAAGGCCUGAUUCACACAGUCCCCUCUAAACAGUUGAUGUUGAGAUGUGUCUGUGACUUGACCUCUGUGAAGCAUUUAUUUGUGCUGCAAUUUCUGAGGCUGGUAACUCUAAUGAACUUAUCCUCUGCAGUAGAGGUAACUCUGGGUCUUCCAUUCCUAUGGCGGUCCUCAUGAGAGCCAGUUUCAUCAUAGCGCUUGAUGAUUUUUGCGACAGAACUUUCAAAGUACUUUAAAUGUUCCGUAUUGACUGACCUUCAUGUCUUAAAGUAAUGAUGGACUGUUGUUUCUCUUUGCUUAUUUGAGCUGUUCUUGCCAUAAUAUGGACUUGGUCUUUUACCAAAUAGGGCUAUCUUAUGUAUACCUUGUCACAACACAACUGAUUGUCUCAAAUGCAUUAAGAAGGAAAGAAAUUCCACAAAUUAACUUUUAAGAAGGCACAACAGUUAAUUGAAAUGCAUUCCAAGUGACUACCUCAUGAAGCUGGUUGAGAGAAUACCAAGAGUGUGCAAAGCUGUUGUCAAGACAAAGGGUGGCUAUUUGAAGAAUCUCAAAUAUUAAAUAUAUUUUGAUUUGUUUAACACUUUUUUGGUUACUACAUGAUUCCUUAUGUGUUAUUUCAUAGUUUUGAUGUCUUCGCUAUUAUUCUACAAUGUAAACAAUAGUAAAAAUAAAGAAAAACCCUUGAAUGAGUAGGUGUCCAAACCUUUGACUGGUAGCGUAUAUAAACUCAGCAAAAAAAGAAACGUCCUCUCACUGUAAACUGCAUUUGUUUUCAGCAAACUUAACAUGUGUAAAUAUUUGUAUGAACAUAACAAGAUUCAACAACUGAGACAUAAACCGAACAAGUUCCACAGACAUGUGACUAACAGAAAUUGAAUAAUGUGUCCCUGAACAGUCAGUAUCUGGUGUGUCCACCAGCUGCAUUAAGUACUGCAGUGCAUCUCCUCCUCAUGGACUGCACCAGAUUUGCCAGUUCUUGCUGUAAGAUGUUACCCCACUCUUCCACCAAGGCACCUGCAAGUUCCCGGACAUUUCUGGGGGGAAUGACCCUAGCCCUCACCCUCCGAUCCAACAGGUCCCAGACGUGCUCAAUGGGAUUGAGAUCCGGGCUCUUCGCUGGCCAUGGCAGAACACUGACAUUCCUGUCUUGCAGGAAAUCACGCACAGAACGAGCAGUAUGGCUGGUGGCAUUGUCAUGCUGGAGGGUCAUGUCAGGAUGAGCCUGCAGGAAGGGUACCACAUGAGGGAGGAGGAUGUCUUCCCUGUAACGCACAGUGUUGAGAUUGCCUGCAAUGACAACAAGCUCAGUCCGAUGAUGCUGUGACACACCACCCCAAACCAUGACGGACCCUCCACCUCCAAAUCAAUCCCGCUCCAGAGUACAGGCCUCGGUGUGACGCUCAUUCCUUUGACGAUAAACGCGAAUCUGACCAUCACCCCUGGUGAGACAAAACUGCGACUCGUCAGUGAAGAGCACUUUUUGCCAGUCCUGUCUGGUCCAGCGACGGUGGGUUUGUGCCCAUAGGCGACGUUGUUGCCGGUGAUGUCUGGUGAGGACAUGCCUUACAACAGGCCUACAAGCCCUCAGUCCAGCCCCUCUCAGCCUAUUGCGGACAGUCUGAGCACUGAUUGACAGAUUGUGCGUUCCUGGUGUAACUCGGGCAGUUGUUGUUGCCAUCUUGUACCUGUCCCGCAGGUGUGAUGUUCGGAUGUACCAAUCCUGUGCAGGUGUUGUUACACGUGGUCUGCCACUGCGAGGACGAUCAGCUGUCCAUCCUGUCUCCCUGUAGCUCUGUCUUAGGCGUCUCACAGUACUGACAUUGCAAUUGUUUGCCCUGGCCACAUCUGCAGUCCUCAUGCCUCCUUGCAGCAUGCCUAAGGCACGUUCACGCAGAUGAGCAGGGACCCUGGGCAUCUAUCUUUUGUUUGUAAAGAGUCAGUAGAAAGGCCUCUUUAGUGUCCUAAGUUUUCAUAACUGUGACCUUAUUUGCCUACCGUCUGUAAGCUUUUAGUGUCUUAACGACCGUUCCACAGGUGCAUGUUCAUUAAUUGUUUAUGGUUCAAUGAACAAGCAUGAGAAACAGUGUUUAAAUCCUUUACAAUGAAGAUCUGUGAAGUUAUUUGGAUUUCUACAAAUUAUCUUUGAAAGACAGGGUCCUGAAAAUGGGACAUUUCUUUUUUUGCUGAUUUUAUAUAUAUAUAGUAUAUUUUAAUUUUUUCAGGAUUUUGGAAAUUCUCCCGCGAACACAUUUUCAUAUCAGGUGACCCACAUGGGGUCGCAAUCCCUAGUUUGGGAACCGCUGAUGUAGUCAUUGCGUCCUGGGAAUAUGGGAUCAAAUACUAAACUUUUGGCCACUUUAUUUAUAAGAAUCUUUAGGGGUGUCAAUAAUUUUGACCCCUACCUUUUUGAAAAAAAAAAUAUUACUUGUUAAACAAAAUCUCUUUCUCUGAGCAAUUGUAUUAGCAUAAAAUAAUCACAUUUCCAAAUUUUUGGGAGCGUACUAUAUAGCUCAGUAUUAUUGAUUUUAUAUUUGCUCAUAUUUAUCAAGGGUGUCAAUAAAUUCACACCCCACUGUACAUAUACAGGUUGGAGAAGGGGACUGCCACACUGAGCGCCCGGUAGCAGUUGUUGUGGGGGGUUAAGUGCCUUGCUCAAGGGCACAACAGCAGGCAAUGGUGUCUAGGAUUUAAUGCCAGCUCACUUCCCGCCAGGUUUGUCCCGGGAGACCCGGGAUUCAAACUGGCAACCCUCCGGAAUAGGAUAGGAGACCCUACAGACUAACAUAUAAAAUAGGGUGGGUUGCACAAACAUGAAUGAACUCUUAAACUGGGUUAAAUCAAGGUCUAUCUAUUAAUCAUGCUGCACAAAACAGUACUGCACCUUGUGAUGUAAGGGGUCAGUUACUACUGAGGUCACCUCUGAGUCAUGUCUGCCCGUCUCUGUAUCUACUCUGUACCCAGGACACGGACAGCUCCGAGGCGGUGAAGAAAAUGCGACAGGGCCUGGACGCCAACCAGGACGGUAAAGUCAACUUCGAGGAGUACAUGAACCUGGUGGGCUACCUGGCAACCUCCCUGAGCGAGCAAUGCACCGCCGCUGUGGAGACGCCAGCUGAGAGUGCGGCCGCCGCACCGGAGAUCGAGAGUACGCCAGCAGCAGCAGAGGUAGAGGAAGAGAAGGCAGAAGUAGAGGCACAGCCAGAGGAGGCAGAGCCAGAGGCAGCCACAGCUGUAGAGAAAGAGAAGGUUGAAGAGGCAGAAUAGGUGGAAGAGGCGGAAAAGGAGGAGGAGCCAGCACCAGCAGCAGCCGAGGAGGAGAAGAUAGAGGAGGCCACAUAGGAAUAUACCACCGGUCCUGUCUGGAUAUUACAAUACACACCAACACCAAACUGAUAUACAUCGCACUACCCUAAUACACACUACAGUACACUAUACAACCCACCCUUCAAACAGGUGUGCUGUAAUAACAGUAUAUGUUGGAUCCCCACAAUAACACAUUUAUUUUCAUACACACAUACAUACACCCAGUAUUUGGUACUAAAAUACACUAGUACACACUGCAACAUACUAUAAACCCCAAUCCAUACUUUCUUGAUAUACUGUAUAUAUAUAUACUUAGUAUUACUAACAUACAUUACACUAUAAUUACUUACAUUACAGCAGUAUAUGCUAUUAUAUGUUGAUAUACUUCCCACUAUAUAGCACACUAUACCUCAUAAUAUGGAUAUAUAAUACAUUCUGCCAUGUAGUUAUAUUUGCAUUCCUUCUCUCUCCCUUUGCCUAUCUACAAUGACGUAAUGCAAAACUAUACUACAGUACAUUCCACAAUGUACAGUUAAGUCAGGCCAUCUCAACUUGUUCUUCUGAGAAGGUUGCUUGGCUUAAUGGCUUUGCAUGAUGCAAGGAAGCACUGAUGCAUGGUUGCAUGACAUUUUCUACAGCAAAUUCUCUAGUGUUAAAUCAACACUGACAGUGUUACAUUUAACACUGGUCCAGUGUCUAUACGGGUCCACACUUUUCAGUGUUGAAUUAACACACUGCUUAGUGUAAAGCCUUAUUUGCAUAUUUCCCAGUGCCUUGCCUUUCAAGUGAAGUGUAGAGUUACCACCCAUGACUGUAUUUGUUAGUGACAGAAACAUGGUUGUUGCGUUCAUCAAUUUUCAAGUCUGUGGCCUUCACCAAGUUGAUCCUAAGUGAAUAUGUUAUCAUUCAAAUUUAAUUAUUUAACACAAUACAACACAUAUUUCAUAAGGCCUUAGUUUUACCCUAAUACAGUAACCUGAAACUCAUGGUUUACAGGCCACAUCAGGCCUGCAAGCCACAUUAUACUUGCUUGGGGAUAUCCAACAUUUGGGAUUUUUAUUCACCUGCAACCUUCAUUCAGAUUGACUGCCGGGUUAAGAAGAUUAAGAUAUGAGACUACCUAAACCAUCUUAACUGGAACAACCAUUUCAGUAACAGGUGCGAGAGUCCAAGUUACAGAUUGGAUAACAUGCAAAAAACAUAGAUAUAGAAACAAUUCUAAAACUCUACCUGCAAUAGAGCAUGCUGGGAAAUAUGAUAAUGGUGGGCUUGGUUUUGGUUUAACACUGGUUAUUAAAACCAACACUGGGAUUUUUUUACACCAAUGAGUGUUGAUUUAACCCUUACAGAGUGAAUUUGUAAGUGCUCUCUCUCUUUCUCUCUCUCUCUCUGUCUCUCUCUCUCUUUCUCUCUCUCUCUCUCUGUUCUCUUCCCUUGCAACUCUGUCAUUGAAUUGAAGCUCUGGCAUGUUAUGACAAUAAACUAAUUGUGUUGCUGGGGUUCUUACUUAGUUCAGACUAGUCUCUCUCUGUCUCUCUCUUUGCUUCGUGUAUCUCAUUUUCUGGAAGAUCCAGACAGGGCAGCAUCUGGAGUUUAUGGACUCCUCUCCGCUACUAGCUAGCCAAGAGCCAUGGAUUCGGAGCUGGAAGAUCAGGUGUGGUGUGUCCUAAUAAUGGCCUUCUGGUAAAUAAUUAAGGGGCCCAGGAAGGAAUUAACACCAGGGGACCCUUGUGGCCCCAAGGGAGCCCGAAAUAGCCCUCAAGCAGUAGGCCACUGACCCGAGAGGGCCCCUAGGGGCCCUUGAGAUAGGGCCCAAGCCGUUUCUCCAUGCAACCCAAUCCACCGGGACCAGAACCAGGAGGAAAGGAAAACAAAACAGACACCCAAACGUUAAGAAAAGGGGCUUUUAUAGCCUGUUGGAGACGUCACACCUGACGUGAAAAGUCACAACAGAAACUUUACCCUUGUUUAGGUAUUGUGCAGGUAUUGUUCCUACGCUCUUAGAAAAAAGUUGCUAUCUAUAACCUAAAAGGGUUCUUCGGCUGUCCCCAUAGAAUAACCCUUUGAAGAACCCCUUUUGGGUUCCAUGUAGAACCCUUUCCACAGAGGGCCAAAAGGGUUCGACCUGGAACCAAAAAGGAUACUCCUAAAUGGGGACAGCUGAAGAACCCUUUUGGAACCCUUUUUUCUAGUAUAUUUUUGUUGUUGUUGUUUUCCUCCUGGUUCUGCUACCAUCAGGUUUGCUGGGUUACCUGGUCACACCCCUAUUCUCUGUGUUGAGAAACCCUGUUUGACCUGCAACUAUUUCCCAGUGCCUAAAACCAUUGACUUGGCCAUGGCUUAAAACCAUUGACUUAGUGGCCACAUCCUUGGACAUAAACCAACACAAGAGUUACUUGAUUACUGAUAGCUAUCUGUGACUCAUCUGAAGAUCCUGAGUUCCAACGAACUGUCAGACCUGGGUUCAAAUACUAUUUGAAAUCGUUUAAAUACUUUCAGUGUUUGCUCUAGCCUACCUGGAGUGCUAGAUGGGCAGGGUUUGCAGUUUUUGGACUAUUCUAUUGGUCCAUUAAGCCAGGCAACCUUGGUAAAUGAUUUCAAAUAGUAUUUGAACCCAGGUCUGGAAACUGCUUUACCCUUUAACCCAGUAGUGUUACACAGCAUAUGACUAUUAUUUACUAUAUAAUAUUACUAAACUUUAUUGAUAAACAGCUACUAUUAUUUCAUAUUAUAACUAUUAUUACUCCAGCCAUUCUAAUGGCUUGUAUUGUAUGACUUGCAUGUAAUAUGAUACUCUUUUAGUAUGUAUGUUCUGAUUUGGACCACUAACGAGUUUUGGAAGCCUUAAUAUAACUGUCCAGUGAAAAUCUCACUUUUAAAAACUCAUACCCAAAUAAUGUUGUUGACUCGCCCUAUUCUCGUUUUGUGGCCAAAGCAUAAAUGAGUAUUUGUGGCCAAAGCAUACAUUUCCUCAUUUAACGUGAGUCACAUUGGCUCAAUGGCUGAGCUGGCCAAUUAUCUUCAGCUGCCUGACUAAACUAGCCAGAAGGGAGUGGCAGAAAGCUGGCCAUUUUUGCAUGACUUUUUAUGAAUAUCUUUAACAAUCAGUAAUAUGCCCACACCACUCAAACACAGAAAAGCUGCUUUUUAAAUGUACUUUAUUUCCAUUUCUGGGAAGGAAAACUAUUUAACUGAUAUUGUAAUUAAUUAUAGGUCAUAUUUCAGAGAAAUCUGGAAACCCUGAACACAUACUUUAAGGGAACACAGGGGUUGUACUGUACAGCCCAACACACAGGUUAUUUACCCACUAGUCAUUAUUUGUCAGAUGUACAUUUACAUUUUAGUCAUUUAGCAGACGCUCUUAUCCAGAGUGACUUACAGUUAGUGAGUGCAUAAAUUUUUUCAUACUGGCCCCCCGUGGGAAACGAACCCACAACCCUGGCGUUGCAAGCGCCAUGCUCUACCAACUGAGCUACAUGGGGCCCUUGUGUUGGGCAUUGAGCUGCUCAGUAAGCAAACCAGCAUAAACUGAUACAACAUCCAUUACUCCACAGCAAUACUUUUGUGAUCUUUUUACUAAUUAGUUUCACAACAUGCCUUGCCUCCCAAACCUAGUACAGGGUUGUCAAAUUUAACAGCUGUAUUGCUCUGUACCAGUUCAACACUCUCUCCUCCUUAUAGAUGCAAAGGCAGCAGGAUAGAGCAGAAAAGCCAGGCUGUAGCCUGGACAUGGUUUAGCUCUGGCCUCCCAGGGUGUGCUUGUCAAACAGGUACUCGGCCAUCUUGUUGUUGACAGCAUGUUGUUGACAGCAUGUACACAGACAAUAGUAAAUUGUCGCAUCAUUAAUAAUGCAACCAUUAGUCAAAGCUAAUGUGCAUCAUGCAUGCCACCACAUAGCACCACCGACCAGGACAUGGAGAUAUAAGGUGCCUUCACAAAGUAUUCAUACCCCUUGACUUAUUCCACAUUUUGUUGUGUUACAGCCUGAAUUCAAAAUCAAUUGAAAAAAAAAAAUCCUCACCCAUCUACACACAAUACCCCAUAAUGACAAAGUGAAAACAUGUUUUUAGAAAUGUUAGCAAAUUUAUUGAAAAUGAAAUACAGAAAUCUCAUUUAUAUAAGUAUUCACACCCCUGAGUCAAUACAUGUUAGAAUCAACUUUGGUAGCAAUUACAGCUGUGAGUCUUUCUGGGUAAGUCUCUAAGACCUUUGCGCACCUGGAUUGUACAAUAUUUGCACAUUAUUUAUUUUUUGAUUCUUCAAGCUCUGUCAAGUUGGUUGUUGAUCAUUGUUAGACAGCCAUUUUAGUCCAAACUGUAUCUAGGCCACUCAGGAACAUUCAAUGUCGUCUUGGUAAGCAACUCCAGUGUAUAUUUGGCCUUGUGUUUUAGGUUAUUGUCCUGCUGGUGAAUUUGUCUCCCAGUGUCUGUUGCAAAGCAGACUGAAGCAGGUUUUCCUUUAGGAUUUUGCCUGUGCUUAGCUCUAUUCCUUUUCUUUUUAUCCUAAAGAACUCCCUAGUCCUUGCCGAUGACAAGCAUACCCAUAACAUGAGGCAGCCACCACCAUGCUUGAAAAUAUGAAGAGUGGUACUCAGUGAUGUGUUGUGUUGGAUUUGGCUCAAACAUAACGCUUUGUUUUCAUGACAUAAAGUUAAUUUCUUUGCCACAUUUUUUGCAGUUUUGGAAUAUUUUUUAUUCUGUAAAGGCUUCCUUCUUUUCACUCUGUAAUUUAGGUUAGUAUUGUGGAGUAACUGCAAUGUUGUUGAUCCAUCCUUAGUUUUCUCCUAUCACAGCCAUUACAUUUUAAAGUCACCAUAGGCCUCAUGGUGAAAUCCCUGAGUGGUUUCCUUCCUCUCCGGCAACUGAGUUAGGAAGGAUGCCUGUAUCUUUGUAGUGAUUGGGUGUAUUGAUACACCAUCCAAAUUGUAAUUCAUAAUUUCACCAUGCUCAAAGGGAUAUUCAAUUUCUGUUCUGUUUUUGACCCAUCUACCAAUAGGUGCCCUUCUUUGCGAGAUAUUGGAAAACCUCCCUGGUCUCUGUGAUUGAAUAUGUGUUUGAAAUUCACUGCUCGACUGAGGGACCUUACAGAUAAUUGUAUGUAUGGGGUACAGAGAUGAGGUCCAUGCAACUUAUUAUGUGACUUGUUAAGCACAUUUUCACUCCUGAAGUUAUUUAGACUUGCCAUAACAAAGGGGUUGAAUACUUAUUGACUCAAGACAUUUCAGCUUUUCAUUUUUAAUUAAUUUGUAAAAAUGUGUAAAAACAUAAUUCCACUUUGACGUUAUGUGGUAUUGUCUGUAGGCCAGUGACACAAAAUCUCAAUUGAAUCCAUUUUAAAUUCAGGCUGUAACACAACAAAAUGUGGAAAAAGUCAAGGGGUGUGACUACUUUCUGAAGGCAUUGUAUAAAUACAUAGUUUGUUUAUUAUGACAGGUUGAGCUUCAAACCCUUCAGUGAAAUAGAGAGGUUGUAAAAUCUACUAGUGAGAACAACAUGUAAUGAGGUCAAAAUGUCACACUUUGACACUUGUAAAUAGUCUUCCCUUUGCUUAUCCAAGCAUUUUACUACACUCUUGCGCUCUGCGCAAUGCUCAUGCUGCACUGCUUGCAUGAUUCAUUUAAACUUAGGAAAGCAAAGGCUCAUCUGGCAUUCUUUACUCAUCAUGCUUUUUUCAACUAAACCUAAUUAAAGAGCAUAUUUUGUACUGUAAUAUUCUUUGCCAAGGAAACCAAUGUAUUUUACAGUGACACACAACAUUACUUUACGGUUGUCCGAUCUUGACUAUGUGAAAAACAGUGGAGGCUGCUGAGGGGAGGACGGCUCAUAAUAAUGUCUGGAACAGAGUGAUUGGAAAUGGCAUCAAACACAUGGAAACCAUGUUUUUGAUGUAUUUAAUACCAUUCCACGUAUUCUGCUCCAGCUAUUACCACGAGCCCAUUCUCCCCAAUUAAGGUGCCACCAACCUCCUGUGGUGAAAAACCAUGCCACUCACUAGCACCCUCUGCAGUUAGCAUCAUGCUAACAUCUCCUGGUAGUGCUACAGCAUGUGCAUAGGCAUUGCCGCGGGAAGUAGAGGUGCUGAGGGUGCUGCAACAUCGGAAUAAAAAAAGUAUUAUUAUUAUUAUUUUUUUUAUUUUUUUUUACAAAAAUAGUGCACUCGGCCUUUACUAGUAUUAGCGGACCAAUAUAGACAUCUGUAGUGCAGGCAAAAAAAAUCUGCAUCUCUGCUUUGGCAAAAAAAGGUAAAAUUAAGAACAGUGUCUUGCAGGAUUCAAUAGUUGGAAUUGUAAGAGUUGUUGCCCUUUCCCUUUCUCUGCUAUUGUCAUUCUAAUGGAAUCCAGAAAGAACAAAACCCUGUCCUCAAACAUUUACAUCAAAAGGUGCAAAGUUAUGGGUAAAGACACAAAACAUCCUCAUCAAAUUAAAUAUUUUUCUUGAUCAAAUAACAUGGAAAACAACCACGUUUUGUGCAUUGUUAAUUUGCCAUCCUUACAAACCACUUCAUGUAAAUGUACAUUACUGUAUUGUACUUAGGCUGGUCAUCUAGGUUUGAACCUGUAGACUUUCCAUCACCAUGAAGAAAAACAAUGCAGAAUACAUUAAUUGAAUACAUUGAGUCAUUAAGUGGUUUGUGAUGAUGUGAUGUGAUCAUGUGGCUCAGUUGGUAGAGCAUGGCGCUUGCAAUGCUAGGGUUGUGGGUUUGAUUUCCAUGGGGGACCAGUACGAAAAAGUAUGAAAAUGUAUGCACUCACUACUAUAAUUUGCUCUGGAUAAGAGCAUCUACUAAAAUGGAAAAGGAAUAAAUAGACCAUUUCAGUUUUCACAUAGAAAUAAGUUGCAUUUGCAAACAUAUAUCAUCCAAGUAUUUGUAUAUUCCACAAGUAUUAUCAGAUUAACUGUUUUGUACAGAUAAUUAUCAGACUCAAGUUACAAAUGCUGGUAAACACUCAAAUACAUGUCGUUUUUAAAGUUUUUUCACAAAAGUCCUGUAUUAGUGGACCGAUAGGCUAUAGACCUCCAAACUUCUUCCCGCGGCUAUGUGCAUAGGCCUCAUAUACUAGCACCUUGUACUGUAUUCAUGAGCUUGCUGUGUACCCUCCUGCAGUUACCCACAGUCUAAACACUAUGCACACCUGUGUUAGAAUUGUGUCCACUCAAGGAUGAUGAAACUGACACUGAACCUAAACGCAAAUAGGCUGACACUAUAGCUAAUUGAUCAAAUGUGACUUAUCACACUGUGCCCUACCCCUAUGUAUUUACAUUUUACAUUUUAGUCAUUUAGCAGACGCUCUUAUCCAGAGCGACUUACAGUUAGUGAGUGCAUCAUUUUUUUUCUUUUUAUACUAGUCCCCCGUGGGAAACGAAUCCACAACCUUGGCGUUGCAAACGACAUGCUCUACCAACUGAGCUACAUUCUAAGAACUCUGCCACUUUAUAGGCUACAUUAGUAGGCUUUGUACCAGGGUUUGGGUCCAUUCCAACAAAAUCCUCACCGAAAGUCAACAGCAAUUUUGUGAAUUGGCUUAGUUAAAAUCGAAUUGAACCCAAAUCUGAUUUGUGCAAGAUAACAGUUUCCAGGAGAUGGUCUCUUUUCCAGUGGUAUACUAUACUAAAUAGACAGAAGUAGAGUGUUUACAGGUAGACCAUCCCACCACAACACAAUAUGCUGUUGCACGCAAGUUCUCCACAGAGGCACUUCAAAUGAACCACUAUGCCAAUGUUACACCUUCACCAGCAAUGCUGUAUCAUUUUCACUAAGCUACGCUAAUAGUAUUUAUGUAACCACUGUGUAACGGCCCAUAAUAAAACAAAAUACUUUGAUGCUAACACGCAAGCCUGUUUUCUGAUCUAUCCUGAUGGUACUGUUGUGUGCUGAGGUUAAGCACCCUGUCUGCAUGUGUAAGCACCUGAGAAGAGAGGGAGAGGACGAAGGGAGGGGGGAGAGGAAAGAGCGAGAGAGAAAUAGACGCAGGGAUGGUGGUACGAAGGUGGGAGGGAGAGGGGAGGAGGGGACAGGUGAUAUUUAAGCCGCUGUCCGACUCUCUCCUCAUCCGUCUUUCCUUGGCUCUAUCUCUCUAUCCAUCUUCACCAAAGACAAAGGAAGCCCUCCAUCAGCACUCCAUCAGGUAAGAUGGAUAGGUUAGAGGAAAGUUGUGGCCUCCUCCUUUCUCCUUCUCUGUAACUGAUAAAUGUUUUCUGGGAUCAGCUUAACAAUGUUUUUAUAUGUACCUUGUGAAUAGUGGAACUCUGGUAUUUUUCACGGUAAGAUACCCAGGGCGGCGGGCACCUUGGUAUCCAGAGCAAUAAGACUUAUGGGGCAAUAAGUUGAGCUCAUCUCCUCAAACUACAAUUGGUUUGCCUGUUGUUAAUGAGGUUUAAAAAGUUUUAGUUGGACGGACCAGAACCUGUGAAGAAAAGUUAUUUUUUCUAUCUAAUGCUCAGACGGUAAGUUAACUUUUUCCUUCAAUGGUAAUAUUUGAAAUAUCUUCAUUUUAAGACAAAAUAGUCAACUGUCUAAAUGAGAAAUUGUUAAAAGGGUGAAAAUAAAUGUACUUUCAGAGGAAUGUGUUGGAGAAGCAUUUUUCUGCAAUAAUUCCAUGGCUCAAUAAUAUAUUGCUGUCAACAGUUUGGUAGCCAUGGUUUCCCAUUGUCUUCUGUCGUCAAUGAGGCAGCUGACCUCUAUAGACAUUCCAGUCAGCUGUGGUGUUUUCUUUACUGAUCUAUUUUCUUCUCUUUUGUCCUCUUCUCUUCUGUCCUCUUCACUGACCUUAACUCUCUCUUUCUUUACUACCCAAGUGACAGAUAAACAACUCUUCUAUCUAUGCUGCAGUUUUUUGAUUAAAAUUAGAAUUCCUCAGUAGAUUAUUUAGUCCAUCUCCCAUUAAAAUGAUAUUGAGCACACAGUGAACAUCUGCAAAGGAAUAUUUUUCAGCUUUUGGAAUGGAUAGAGCCAGAUUGUAGUGUGUGUGCGUGUGUGUGUGUGCGCGUGUGUGUGCGUGUGGGUGUGCAUGCGUGCAUGUGUUUCUGUGUGUGUGUCUGCGUGCGUGUGUGCGUGUCUAUGUGUUCAUGUGUACCUCGGGUUACCGGAUCACCUGGCCUGAGCUCCUGUUUGUGAUUGCCAGGUGGUUUAUUUGCGUUCUAACAGUUUUGUGUUUUACUUGCGGUUUCCUUCUGUCACUGUUACAUGAUCAAUAUAAUUGUGAAACCCUGAGACCUCCAUCUCAAGUUACCUCAGUGACGUUAUCUUUACUUAACAAGCAGCUUACAAGUCUGUCAACUGAGAAAGAUAGAAAAUGGACCCUCUCACAAUGUUAGAAUUGGAAAAAUAUGUAUAAUGUCAAGAGAAGUGACGAAAUUCUUGGUGUGUUCACUCUAACCAUGUUGAAGGCUUUUCACCCUAACUACUAUGUGAGUCAGUGUCCUUGACAAUGACCUAUCUGUGUCUGUGUGUGCACAGUCUCUCCAGCGAAACCAACUCAAGAAGAUUCCAAGAUGCCGGACACAAUGUGUGUAAGACUGUUGCUUUUCAAAAGCCGUCUCUUCAUCUCUUAUCCCUCACAUCUUUCACAUGUCAAACCAAUUAAGGUAACAAAACACUGUCCAGUGGCCACUGUAUGUCGAGAAGGAAUAGCUCAUUUGUGGCCUGUAAUUUAAACUUUGCAUAUAGUAACCUAGGCCUAGAAUUGGGACACCUCCUCUAGUUUACUGAUAUUCUUCCGUCCGGCAUGUAUGUUUCACUCUGUCUUGGUGGAGGCUUCACACCCAUGUUCGUCAUGUGACCGCACAUGCGGCUGGGAUGGAGCGUGCAUCCUGUCAUAGUGUCUGACCUCUGCCCUCUGCCCUUCCCUCCAGUAUGUCCAAGGAACCCUCUUCCAACCUGGAGAAUGCCAUGCAGAUGCUGAUCAAAACCUUCCACAAGUACUCGGGGAAGGAGGGGGAUAAGUACACUCUGAGCCGAGGAGAGCUGAGAGAGCUAUUAACAGAGGAGCUGGGGAGUUACCUAGGGGUAAGAGGAGUGUACACACUGAGAGGGAGACAGAGACACACACGCAAACAUACAUACACACAUACACACACGAAAACACACACACACAAACACUCACAGGCAGACAAAAUAAAUGUAUUGAAUAGAAUACGCACACAGACGCAUACAUACACUAACCUCCCGUCCCCUCCCCCCUCUCCCUCUUCUAAUCCAGAACGCCCGCGAUGGAGAAGGGGUUGAGAAGGUGAUGACUGAUCUGGACGCCAACAGCGACGGCGAGGUGGACUUCACAGAGUUCAUCAUCCUGAUGGGAGCCUUAACGGUGGCUUGCAACGACUUCUUCAUGGAAUACAAGCCUGAGAAACUCGUCCACACACCCUUUGAGAAAAAGGAGACAACGACAGAGGAGAAGAAAGAAUGA